AUGGCGCUGCUUAGCUUCACACUGAGCGAAGAGGGUGUUGCAGCAUUUCGUGACGCCCUCAUUUGCUUGAACAAGUUCAGUGACGAUGUUUCACUCGAGGCACGCAAGGAUUCGUUUGUCUUGACCACUCUCAACACCUCAAAGUCAGCCUACGCGAGUGUCAGAUUUGCUACAACCAAGUUCUUCUCGCGCUACCAUUUCCAGGGAAGUCGUCAAUUCCGUGACCGUUUUCACUGCACUCUCUACAUUCGCGCACUAGUCUCUCUGUUUCGUAGCCGCACAGCAGCUGACUCCCAAAGAGAUGCUGAGAAACAAACACUUAUUGACAGAUGCGAUAUCGCUAUCGAAGAUGGAGAAGGAAUCCAAAGCCGAUUUAUUGCCCGCCUUGUUUUCCGCAACGGGUUGACAUCUACGCAUCGCCUUCCUUUUGAAGUUGCCGUUCCUGUUCAUGCCAAGUUCAACAAACAGGAUGCUCCUCAUCAUUGGACGAUCUCUUCACGAACCCUACGGCAGCUGAUGGACCACUUUGGCCCCGGUAUCGAAUUCCUAGACAUCAACACCGACGGCGAUCACGUCAAUUUUACUUGUUUCAGUGAAAAGACAGUGAGCGAGGAUGCGGUCCUCAAAAAGCCACUACAAACAUCAAUCGCCGUUGAGGCGGAGGAGUUUGACGAUAUCGAUGUCGAAGACAAGCUCCAUAUUGUGAUUUCUGUCAAAGACUUCCGCGCCAUUAUCCAGCACGCCGGGAUUACAGGAAACGAAGUCUCGGCUCGCUACUCAGUUCCUACGCAGCCUAUCCAGCUCUCAUAUACUGGCGAUGCCAUAUCAUGCGAGUUUCUUGUUAUGACAGUUGGUGAGCGUGGAACCAACACUGGGCAAAGGACCAAGAAAGGCCGCAAGAAUGCACCCCAAAGCACUGGGCCACGACUCGAAGCCACUACACGUAGGCACAGCAUCCCGCCCCCCGAAUCACAACAGCCUCAACCACCAGCCCCUCCUCCAUCCCUACCUCAGCACAACCCGACACCACAAAUGAGUGCUGCUAGAGCCAGUGCUUCACGUGUGGGAGUUUUUGACCUUCGUCCGUCUCAAAGACCAGCGCCACCCGCUACCAACCAAUCAGAGAGUUUGUUUGUGGAAGAUGAAGGUUGGGAGCCGAUCAAUUACGAUGAUGAAGAGCUCAUGGAAGACAAUUCCAAGCUAGGAUGGGAUCAUAGCAUCAACCCUAAUGCUUCUGCAAUGGACAUGAGCCGCUUUUUUGAGAACCCUGCACCUGCUGGUCCUGGAGCUGAAGCUGAGCAGCCACACCCACAGCCUACAGAUGCUGAAUCAACAUAUCUCGAACCGACUCAGCAACUGGCUGAUGUCGAGAAUUUAGCUCUUUUCCCAGACUGA